GGUCCUUCCUCUCCCAUCACCAUGCCAUUCUGAUGGUUAACAUCGACCGCGAGGAACGACGCACGAGAGUGUGCCUCGAACUUCGAGAUCUGCACGAAACGCCUUCCUCCGGGAGGCUCGGAGGCUUGGGUAAGGCGUCCUGGGUAGAAGGUGGCGUGCAAAAAUGCCCUUGUUCGGCUGCGGGGAACUCACGGCCAAGACGGCGUCCCCGUCUGAUCAUCAUCAAUUCCUACCAAAAACAAUCUUCACCCGGGCGCUCGGAGACAACCACAUGCAUUCAUGGGACUCUAUAACUGCAUGCGCCGGGCGGUGUUGUCAUGCAGCGCUCAGCUCCCACCCUUUCUUGUGAGCACCCGCCUCAGCACCCUUCAUGAGCGACGAGAAGCGCCCGGCCGUACAUGUUGCGGAGUCUGGUCUGAGCAGCUCCGAUUCCUCCAUCGAGAAGCGCGGUGUCGAGCAUGACCUCGUCGCGGCGUACGAUGUCGAUGUCGCCGCUCAACUUACUGCGGGAAAGGACAUUGUGAUUGAUCCUGCGGAGGAGGCAAGGAUCAGGCGCAAGAUUGAUCUCCACCUCCUCCCUUUGAUGUGCAUAAUGUAUCUAAUGCAGUUCGCUGACAAAACCACACUCGGACAAUCCGCUGUUUUGGGCAUAUUGACUGAUGCACACCUGAACCAAAACCAGUUCGACUGGCUCAGCACAGUAUUCUAUCUCUUCUACCUCGGCUUCGAAUUCCCGCAAAACUACGCGCUGCAGCGCUUUCCGGUCGGCAAAUGGGUCAGUAUCAACAUAUUCGUCUGGUCUGUCGCCCUGUUCUGCCAUGCCGCGGCGAAGAACUUCGCGCAGCUCGUCGUGUGCCGCCUGUUCCUCGGCAUUUGCGAGGGCGCGAUCACUCCUGGGUUCAUGAUCGUCACGGCGAUGUUCUACACACGCCAGGAGCAGACGAAGCGGGUGGGCUACUGGUUCUUGAUGAACGGAACCGCAAUUAUCAUGCUCGGCCUUGUCGCAUACGGGACAUUGCACAUCAAAUCGAGUAAAGUGGCGCCAUGGCAAUGGCUUGUGAUCAUUAUGGGCGCUAUCACGUUUGUAGUGUCCAUUCUGUUCUGGUUCUUCUUCCCGGACUCGCCGACCUCCGCGUAUUUUCUGACACCGGAGGAGAAGGUCAUCGCUGUCGAGCGGCUCAAAGUGAACCAGGCCGGUGUCGAGAACAAGCAUUUUAAGAAGGAGCAGAUGAUGGAAUGCUUCAGAGAUCCAAAGGCAUACCUAUUCUUCUUCUUCGCAGCCAUCUCGAAUGUCACGAAUUCGCUGAGCAACCAACGACAAAUUAUCGUCGCCGAAUUUGGCUUCUCGGACAUCGACACCACUCUGCUCGGCUGCGUGGAUGGUGUGGUGGAAAUGAUCGUGAUCUUUUGCGGAGUCAUGUCUGCGACGUACUGGAAGAACGGCCGUGCGUAUACCGGGGCGCUGCAAUACUGCGUCGCGAUUCUCGGUUCGAUCCUCGUCAACACCUUACCAUGGAGCGACAAAGUCGGCCUGCUAUUCUCCUACUGGAUAUCCAUUAACGAGAUCGCCCCAUUCGUUAUCAUGCUUGCAUGGGUAGGCUCGACGACCGCAGGGCAUACCAAGCGUGUCACGAUGAACGCUAUCGUCAUGGUCGGAUAUGGCGUUGGAAAUGCCGUCGGGCCGCUGUAUUGGCAAGAUAAGUACAAACCUCGCUAUCGCGUGCCAUGGUCGAUCCUAUCUGCAUGCUGGUUCGUCUCGAUGCUUUUGCUUCUCACCAUUCGGUGGGUCCUCGCGCGCGAGAAUGCACGGCGGGAGAGGGAGGGACAUGACCCGGCGUACGACGAGGUGUACAUCACGGAUGAGAAGACGGGCAAAGAGGUCAAAGUCGACAAGGCGUUCUUGGAUCUUACGGACAUGCAAAACAAGGACUUCAGGUAUCCGUUGUAGUCGGGC